AUGGCAGAAACUGUUGUCUCUUUUGUGUCAGAUCAUCUCGCAACCUUACUCCGAGAGGAGGGAAGCCUAUUGGGAGGGCUUCGACAAGAGGUCCAACUCAUCAAGGAUGAGUUGGGGCAUAUGAGAGCUUUCCUCAAAGUGGCUGAACCAAAAGAAGAUGAUGAUCCCAGGCUCCAAGAAUGGAUCAACCAAGUGCGCGAAGCCGCUUAUGAUAUUGAAGAUGUUCUCGAUGAAUUUGUCCUUCGCUUUGCUGGCUACAGACAUCAUGGAUUCUGUGGCUCUCUGCAGAGAAUUCUCAAAGCCAUUAAGAGCUUGCGAGCUCGUCAUCAGGUUGCCAGCGAAAUUCAAAGCAUAAAGUCCAGGAUCAAAAAUAUUUCAGAAGGACGUCAGAGAUACCAAGUUGAAUUUGGCAUCGAUGACCGUGUCACUGGAUCUUCAACCAUGAACGACUCAUGGCGCUAUAGCAGGGAUGAUGCACUUCUAGUGGAGGAAGCAAAAUUGGUUGGCAUUGACCAGCCCAAACAACAUCUGAUUUCUAAGCUUCUCGAGGGGCACGAUCACCAACUCAAAGUUAUUUCAGUGGUUGGUAUGGCUGGCCUAGGGAAAACUACCCUAGUCAAAAAGGUCCAUGAAGAUCCAGAUGUUAGAAAGAAUUUCCCAGUUCGUGCCUGGGUAACCGUCUCUCAAACAUGCGACUUUCCGAAGCUGCUGAGAGACUUGAUUUGGCAGUUGCACAAGGAAUUGAACAAAUCAGUCCCACAAUUCAUCGAGUCUAUAUCUACCAUUGAUUUGAAAAAAAUUGUCAAAGAUUUUCUUCAACAAGCUGGAAGGUAUGCAAUUGUGUUCGAUGACGUGUGGGACGUGGAAUUUUGGAAUGAAAUCAAAUUUGCACUGCCUGAGAGUAACUACGGCAAUCGCGUCAUGCUGACAACACGAAAAGCCGAUGUAGCCUCUGCCUCUUGCAUAGAAUCUCAAGAUUAUGUCUACAAAAUGGAGCCACUAUCAAUUGUAGAUUCGUGGACCCUAUUUUGUAACAAGAUCUUUAAAGGAAAUUGCCCCUAUCACCUGAUGGAUGUUGCAAAAGCUGUAUUGGACAAAUGUGAGGGUUUGCCUUUGGCGAUUCUUGCGAUCGGUGGGCUCUUGGCUUCGAAGGACGCGAGCAGAAUAGAUGAAUGGAAGAUGAUUCAACAGAGUCUUGGGGGUGAAUUAGAAGGCACCGAAUGGAGAGAGGGAAUGAGUAUUGAAGAUGUAGCCAGGGGUUAUCUCAGUGAACUCGUCAAUAGAAGCCUAAUUCAAGUAACUGAAAUGUUUUAUGAAGGAUCACCCUACGCAUGUCGAAUCCAUGACUUAAUGAGAGAAGUUAUUCUCAUCAAGUCAAGGAAACAAAACAUGGUGACAGUUACUAUUGGACAACCAAUGACGUGGCCAUCUGAGAAAGUACGCCGUCUAGUAGUCCAUAGUAGUAGUAACAGUAGCAACAUCCAAUACCACCAACAAAGACAAUUUUAUUCCUUUGAACACCUUCGAUCAUUCAUCAUAGUUAGUUCCACCAACCCAUUACUAUCCAAAACUUUCCUAUCUGAAGUUUUAAGGAGUAGUAAGUUGCUAAAGAUAUUGGAAUUGGGAGGUGAAGAGAUAGAGGAAACACCAAAUGAGGUUUUCAACUUGUUGCAUCUCACAUACCUGAGCCUAUGUGAUACAAAAGUGGAAAGAGUCCCAAAAGCUAUUGGAAAGCUUCAACAUUUGGAAUAUCUGAAUUUGGCGAACACUGGAGUUAGGGAAUUACCCGUGGAAAUCCUAAAGCUGCUAAAGCUUCGGUAUCUCAUAGCAUUCCAACCAGUUGAUCCCUCAGAUGAUGAUUAUAGAUUUCAUGGGUUUAAAGGUCCGUCAAAAUUGGGAGGGCUUCUGGCUCUACAAAGGUUAAACACCAUAGAUGCAAGCAGCGGGUCUAUAAUAGUUAAAGAGAUAGGAAAAUUGACCCAAUUAAGAGAGUUAUAUAUUACACAAUUGAGAAGAGAAGAUGGAAAGGAUCUCUGCUCCUCCCUUGUCAACCUCACCAGCCUUCGGCAAUUAAGUGUUGCUUCAGUUGGAAAAGGUGAUGAUUCUGAGAUAAUCGAUCUAAAUCAUCAUCAACAUUCUCUUUCUUCUUCUUCUUCUUGUUCGUUUCUUCAAUCUCUUCGUGUGCUAAUUAUGUAUGGCCGCUUAGAAAUGAUGCCAGUAUGGACAACUCAUCUUCAAAACUUGGUAAAAAUAGUUAUGAACUGGAGCGGGUUAAGGGCUGAGGAGGAUCCGAUUGAAUUCCUCCAGCAUUUGCCCAAUUUGGGUGAAAUUAGUUUCUGUGGAUCUUACCAGGGAGAAAGGUUGAGUUUCAAGGCUGGAGGGUUCCUAAAGCUGAAACAAUUGUGGUUAAGGAGAAUGGAAGGGUUGAGAUGGAUGACAGUGGAGGAGGGUGUGUGCCCAAAUCUCCGAAGACUAGUUCUGGAGCAACUUCCAUUACUAGAGGACUUACCCUCGGGAAUUCAGCACUUGACCCAUCUUCAAGAGCUGGGUUUGUAUAAGAUGAGUUCUCGACUGAUAGAGAAGGUGAAGAAUCAGGAGGAAGACAGUGAAGAUUACAGAAGAAUGGCAUACAUUCCUGAAAUUGUCAUUGGUUUCUAUACAGAUGAUGGUAGAUGGAGAAUCCGCCGGCUAUGGGGGAAGCAGAAGAAAACAAUUCUUGCCUAG